GACUAGGGUUUUGAAUCUAUUCGAUCCACUUUCAGUAAAACCCAACAAAAACCCACACUUGCUACUAGCUAGUUCGGAAUCGGAGACUUGGGAAAGGGAGGCCAUUUUGCAAGAAGCAAGAACAAUGGCGCUUCUUCAACAUCUGGGGCGUUCAAAGAGCGUGGCGAAGAGGUCGAAGAAGUACUUAGAGGAAGCACUUUACACAAGGCUCUUCAAGGAAGGUGGGUCUGAGUUGAGCGUCAGACACCAGCUCAACCAGUUCAUCAAGACCCACAAGCGAGUUUACAAAUGGGAAGUCGGUGACACUCUCAGAAAGCUUCGCCAACGCAAGCUCUACUACCCUGCUCUCAAGCUUUCAGAAACUAUGGCUAAAAGGGGCAUGAAUAAGACGGUCAGUGAUCAAGCUAUACAUCUAGAUCUUGUUGCCAAAACACGAGGUAUAUCUGCUGCAGAAAAUUAUUUCAUUGAUCUUCCUGAAUCAUCAAAAAAUCAUCUUUGUUAUGGUGCCCUCCUAAAUUGUUACUGCAAGGAACUGAUGACUGAAAAGGCUGAAGCUCUUAUGGAAAAGAUGAAGGAACUGAACCUUCCUUUAAGCUCCAUGCCUUAUAACAGCCUUAUGACCCUCUACACGAAAACCGAGCAGCCAGAAAAGAUCCCGGCCAUCAUACAAGAAAUGAAGGCAUCCCAUAUCAUGUUUGAUGCCUAUACAUACAAUGUCUGGAUGAGGGCUCUUGCUGCUGUCAAUGAUAUUACUGGGGUUGAAAGGGUUAUUGAUGAGAUGAAGAGGGAUGGCCGAGUUGCUGGAGAUUGGACAACGUAUAGCAACUUAGCGUCAAUAUAUGUUGAUGCUGGAUUGUUUGAGAAGGCAGAAAAGGCACUCAAGGAAUUGGAGAAGAGAAAUGCCUGCAAAGAUCUCUCUGCUUACCAAUUUCUAAUUACGUUGUAUGGGCGAACAGGGAACUUGCUUGAAGUUUAUCGGGUAUGGCGUUCUUUGAGGUUGGCUUUUCCUAAAACUGCAAAUAUAAGCUAUCUGAAUAUGAUUCAGGCACUUGUUAACGUAAAAGACUUACCAGGUGCAGAGAAGUGUUUCAGGGAGUGGGAAUCUGGGUGCUCAAUUUAUGAUAUCCGUAUAGCAAAUGCUCUGAUAGGAGCUUAUGCAAAAGAGGGUUUGCUAGAGAAGGCUGAAGAGAUAAAGGAGCGGGCUCGCAGGAGAGGGGCCAAUCCUAAUGCUAAAACCUGGGAGAUCUUUUUGGAUUAUUAUAUGAAAAAACGGGAAUUAAAAUUGGCAGUAGAUUGUGUUGCCAAUGCAAUAUCUAUCGGUAGAGGGGAUGGUAAGAAGUGGGUCCCAUCAUCUGUGGUUGUCAGCAGUUUGAUGGGGCAUUUUGAGCAAGAGAAGGAUGUUGAUGGUGCAGAAGGGUUUCUGGAGAAUUUGAAGAGGGCUGUGGAUAAUCUAGGGGCAGAGGUUUUUGAAUCACUGAUAAGAACUUAUGCAGCUGCUGGAAGGACAAGCCCUAUAAUACGGCGCCGGCUGAAAAUGGAGAAUGUUGAGGUGAAUGAGGCUUGCAAGAAGUUGCUUGAUACAAUAUGUGUUGAUGACACAUGGAUUAGCUGAGUUAGCUCAUUCAAGAGUACCUUCCAUGCAUAUAUUGAAAGGGCAUUACCUUUGUUAUAACUUGAUAUUCAGAAGACAUUUCAAUUAACCUAUUGUUAAGGGAUUGAGAUUUCACACUGGUCAAGUUAGAUAGGAUGUAUGUUUAGUUGUAUGGAAUAUGAUAAAGAGUGUGAUGAUAUAAACAUAACCA